AUGGGCGUCUCCUUCUUCGCAAAGGCUGCCCUCCUCGCAGCGUCGGCAGUUUCUACAGCUACCGCAGCAGCAGCCCCGUCCAAAGCCAACUAUACCGAGCAUCUCUCCGAGUCAUUCCUCAGCAAAGGCGUAACAUUUUCCCGAAACUACGCCUAUGCAGUCCUCUACACGGGCGUCGAACUCGCCUACAACAAAACGUCGAACCCAGUCUACUUCAAUUACAUCAAGACACAAAUUGACGGGAUCCUCAACGAUGACGGCUCUUUUGUCGUCCCCAUAACCACCACCCUGUCCCUCGACGACAUCCGCAUCGGCCUCAACUUCCUCUGGCUAUGGUCCGUGACCGGCGAGACCAAGUACAAGAUCGCCGCGGACAACCUGCGCCACCAGCUCGACUACACGCCCAGGAACCCAGACGGUGGGUUCUGGCAUCGGCGGCCCACAUACCCCGACCAGAUGUGGUUGGAUGGGAUCUAUAUGGCGAGCAACUUCUAUACCCAGUACACGGCUUGGUUCCAGCCUGCGAAUACCACCGCGUGGGACGAUAUCAUCCUCCAGUAUGAUUUGAUUGAGGAGCACACGCGUGUUCCCGAGACGGGGCUGUUGUUCCAUGGGUAUGAUGCGAGUGGGGUUGCUGUCUGGGCUGACCCUGUCACCGGCGCUGCCCCUCACAUUUGGGACCGCGCAGUGGGCUGGUACUUCAUGUCGCUCGUCGAAAUGCUCGACUACUUCCCCAAAUCUCAUCCAGGCUACGCCCGCAACGUCAAGCGCUUCCAAUCCCUUGCGGCUGCAGUCAAAAAGUCGCAAGACCCUUCCUCAGGAGGCUGGUGGCUCAUCAUGGAUCCCCCGUACCCGAGCGAUCCCCGGAACUACAUUGAGAGCAGCGGGUCGGCGAUGUUCACGUACGGACUGCUGCGGGGGAUUCGAAAGGGGUUUCUGAAGGAGAAGGAUUAUGGAAAGGUUGCCCGGAGGGGGUAUGAGACAUUGAAGAGGGAGUUUAUUUCGACGAAUGUCAACGGUACGUUGAAUUGGGAGGGGACGGUGCAGGUGGGGAGUUUGGGGAGUAAUGGGACGUUUGAGUAUUACAUCUCCGUUCCGCUCGCGCAGAAUGAUUACAAGGGUGCUGGGCCGUUCAUCUAUGCUAGCUACGAGCUUGAGGGGUACUAG